ACACCGCAGCGGCCGACAGCAUUACAUUCCACGAAUUUGUUCUGCGAGAUUCAAUUUGAUAAACAUAAAUAUAUUUGAGCCACAUUUUUUUUACCUAGCUGUACGCGUUGAGGCGAAAUGUACAUUGCAUGUAUGUAGAUACACAUAUUAAAGUAUUUUUAAUACUUUGUAUCGCACAGGGAAGUGUUGAAUGAAAGUACAUCAGAUGGAGAUAGCCCUAUGAAACGAAUGACACGUCUGCGUGCUCGAGGAGGAGUGCGUGACAAGCCGCCAAUUAUUGAUGAUGAUGAAGACGACUUUUUUAUACCCGUGGCACGUAAACGCAAACCGCCGGGAACACGGAAACCGCCUGGGGAACGCCGGGAGCGUGUGGAGAGACCUCGAAAGGAGCACAUUGAAAAGGAACAGGAGCGUAUUGAUAUGGAAAGAGAUGUUACCACGGAUGAAAACAGUCUAUAUUUCAUUGUGCGGCAUUCCAAAUCGGCAAUAGCGAGUAUUGUUGAUGAUUGGAUUGAAAAAUACAAACAAAAUCGUGAUUCUGCCUUAAUUGCACUAAUGCAAUUUUUUAUAAAUGCAAGUGGUUGUAAAGGCAAAAUAUCUGAAGAUAUGCCACAUCCAAUGGAACACACUGCUGUGAUACGCAAAAUGACUGAGGAAUUUGAUGAGGAAAGCGGCGAAUAUCCAUUGAUAAUGCCUGGGCAGCAAUGGAAAAAAUUCAAAAUGAAUUUUUGCGACUUUGUGCAAACUUUGGUAAAGCAGUGUCAAUAUUCUAUCAUUUACGAUCAGUUCCUUAUGGACAAUGUGAUCUCACUUUUGACGGGUCUCUCUGAUUCGCAAGUGCGUGCAUUCCGUCAUACGGCUACUUUGGCGGCAAUGAAGUUAAUGACAGCGCUGGUGGAUGUAGCGUUGCUUGUCUCAAAUAACUUCGAAAAUGCUGCAAAACAAUACGAAGCUGAGCGCGUCAAGUCGCGAGAUCGGCGUGCAUCGGAUCGGUUGGAGUCAUUAAUGACGAAACGUGCCGAGCUUGAAGAGAAUAUGGACGAAAUUAAAAAUAUGUUAACAUAUAUGUUUAAAUCCGUAUUUGUGCAUCGAUAUAGGGACACCCUGCCGGAUAUACGUGCAAUUUGCAUGGCGGAAAUCGGCGUCUGGAUGGAAAAUUAUCCACAAAAUUUCCUCGACGACUCAUAUCUAAAAUACAUCGGAUGGACAUUACAUGACAAGGUCGGUGAAGUCCGCCUUCGGUGCCUGCAAGCGCUACUACCGUUAUAUGACAAAGAAGAACUGAAGGGAAAAUUAGAGUUGUUUACUUCGAAAUUCAAAGAUCGUAUUGUUGCCAUGACCCUGGAUAAAGAAUUUGAGGUGGCAGUACAUGCGGUUAAAUUGGUGAUCAGUAUUUUAAAAAUCCACCCUGACAUUUUGGCCGACAAAGAUUGUGAAAUAGUGUACGAGCUUGUCUAUUCAUCGCAUCGCGGAGUAGCCCAGGCUGCGGCCGAGUUUUUGAAUGUACGACUUUUUCACUUAACUGCCGAUAUGGAAGAGACAAAAACGAGACGUGGUAAAAUACGGCUACCAAAUACACCCCUAAUACGAGAUUUAGUACAGUUCUUUAUUGAAUCUGAACUGCACGAACAUGGUGCCUACCUGGUGGACUCCUUCAUAGACAAUAAUGCCAUGGUCAAAGAUUGGGCUUGUAUGACCGAUCUACUUCUCGAAGAGCCUGGCAUAAACGAAGAGGUGCUAGACAACAAGCAGGAGUCAACACUUAUCGAAAUAAUGGUUAGCAGCGUGAAGCAGUCAGCGACAGGUGAAGCGCCCGUUGGACGCGCGAGUAAUCGUAAAAUUACAUUAAGUUCAAAGGAACUUAAGGCAAUACAAGAUGAAAAAAUUCGACUGACUGAACAUUUUAUUAUAACACUGCCGCCUUUAUUGGAGAAAUACCAGGCGGACAGUGAAAAAUUGGCAAAUCUGCUGGCAGUGCCACAAUAUUUUGAAUUAGACAUAUAUACCACAAAUCGACAAGAAUCUAACUUGCAGGCUUUGUUGGAUAAAAUGAGUUACAUAAUGUCUGUACAUACGGACCGAGAAGUACUCGAGACCUGCGCUAAAACACUGGAGUACUUAUGCAGUGAGGGUAGUGCGACAUACACUCGCUGUGAUGUAGCACGGUCGAAUAUUAUUGACAAUGCGGUUAACAAAUAUAAAGAUGCCAUUGAUGACUGGCGAAAUUUGAUUGCUGGUGAAGAACUACCCAAUGAAGAUGAAAUCUACAAUGUUACAAUAUCACUCAAAGUUAUUUCCAUCUUGUACGCUUCUCAUAAUCUCAAUAUUUGGAGUUUAUUUGAUUCAAUAUUCCAAGACGUGGAAGAAUGCCAGUCGAAAGAGAAUCCGGGGCGCACUUUACCCAACGAAGCGUUAGUCUAUUGCAUCGAGGCGUGCUACUUUUCGAUAAGUUGGGGCUUAUACUUUGUAGAAAAUCAAUGUGAAAGCAGUAAUAUACCUGUUGUAUGCGCUGAAUUGCGUGAUAAUAUGGUUAAAUACAUGGCAGCAUGUAUCGAACUAACACGUAAUGG